AUGAGCUCUCCAGGCUUCUAUGUUUGCAAAGAGGGUCUCCUCUCAGGAGUUUUCUUCCAGCUUGCAAAUGUAUUGGCGACGCAAUCAGUGAAAGCCUUCGGCAUGAGCAACUACUUUACCACCCAGAAGGUGACUAACCUUGGUGGGGCAUUUGUGGUGGGUGUCUUUGGUGAUCGGGUUGGCCUUCCAGUCAAGCGUCCUGGUGACCCACUUCUGGCACUCAUGGGAUGCUUGAGUGUUGUACUCGCAAUGGUGCCUCUUGCUUUUACAAAGGUGGAGGUUGAGGAGCUGGAUGCGACAGACUACCUCCAAGUCAAGCAAAAUCCAGGCCCGUCAACCAGUGACAAACGGCCACACAUGAUCCCACCUCAACAUUGUGAUAUGGGUGGCUAUUUCAUGCUUGAUGACAGAUCAUCUGAACCAACCAGUCCUGCACCUACGCCCGUUUUCCCACGCAGAAGGCAAGACAGGUCAGGGAAGUUAGGAGACUGGUGUAAGGGCUUGGCUUGGUCCCUCUCCGCCGGUUUGGCAUUUUCGUUUAUUUACAUACCCAUGCUACCGUGGAAGCACCGCAUGGCAGAGCAGCAUGCAACUUUCUCGUCCUUUGACUACUUCCUCUCUGUCAGUGUUGGCCUGUUCAUGGCCUCAACGGCAUACAUGCUGUUGGGGGGUGCAAUGAGAAAGUACCAGGGAAAGAAGUUGAUGAAAUCGGUUCUGCGGCCAGCCUUGCUGAACGGCAUGAUGUGGUCCGUGGCCAGCAUGUCCCAGCUGUAUGCGUUGGCAGUGAUGCCUUAUGCUGUGGCAUAUUGCCUGGUGUGUGGUGGAGAGGUCGGAGUGAGCUUGCUUUGGGGCAUUUUUGUCUUCAACGAAGCCUCUACCCCGCAUAACCUCCGCUGCACCAUGCUUGCUUUUCUGGGUGUGCUUCUCGGUGUGACCCUGGUUGCCAGCGCGCGUGCAAAGACACAGCUGAAGCGUGCGCUCUCAGCAAAGUGCAAAGAUGUAAGGCUUCGCCGCUUGAAGCAGGUGCUCGAUUUGAAGAUCCUUGACCGUGCAGAGGAACAGUCCAGACUCCUGUUGAACUUGGCAUUCGCUGAGCUGCACGCAUUGGGUGGCCAGAAAGGAGACCAAAGCCAACCUACGCAAGAAACGGAGCCUUCAGAGCCUUCUCCUGCACCUACACCCCCCACGGACACCCAGAAAAAACCUCAGCCGCUGCAGGGGUUAGUCAUAGAUGCAGAGAGUCGUGGCCAAGCUCCACAAGUUGAGGGUGGAUAUGGCUGGAUUCGAAAGGCAAAUGCAGGGACUGACCGUGAGGCGAGACGAAAAAUCAGUGCAGCCACCAGGGAAGUCGUGAAACAGCAAGGUUACACGCUGGGAAACAAGGUGGUUCAGCUGAAUCAUGUUGAGGAGAUGAUCAAAGGAACGAAACUUCUCUCUCCCAGUGUGGGGGCUUGGCCCAGUUCCCCAACUACAGGCCAGUUGAAGACCAAAUUGGAAGUUCAGAACGGAACCGUUCUGGAUGUAGCGGUACGGGCAGCUCAAGCAGGAGAACAUGUGAUUGCUGUUAAUGCCGCGUCUGCUUACCAUGCUGGAGGAGGCUUCUUGACAGGAGGCCGGCAUGCUUUGGAGGAGGCCAUGUGUGUGCAGAGUUCCCUCUAUGACUCACUGGAGUUUGGCAUUGGCUUGGCGGAAGCUGCCAAGGUUGAAGCGCCUUCAUGGUCCCGGCCUGCCAAGAAAAAGGAUGGAAGUUCAUGGGUGUCUCACCUUCCGGAUGAUGGUGUGCUGCUGUCCCCAAAGGUUGAGGUUUUCCGUGAUGGUACCAAUGAAGGCUACACGUUCAGAGAUACAGUGACAGUCUUGAGGGGCGUUGUGUCGGUUGCCAUGCCAAACUGCAAUGAGAAGAUGUCAGACUCGCCUGUUGAUGCCAACCCGGAUGGUGAAGGCUAUAAAAAGCAGCUUCUUCAGAAGUGGGUUGCAGUGCUGACGGCUGCUUCAUCGUGUCAAGAGGCCACGACAUUGGUUGUUCCGGAUGCAGGUUGCGGAGUUUUCUACAAUCCACCUGAGGCUGUGGGGGAAAGCCUGGGCAAGGCACUUCAGCAAUUUCGCGGUCGAUUCGGACGUGUGGUGAUUGCAUUUCCAGGGGGUAAAGCAGGUGAGACAUUUGCAGCGGCUGCAGCUGCAGCUUUUCCACCAGAUGGCGACAAAAGUUGA